UGUAAACACGCGGCGCCCGCUGCGUGGCCAUCAGCGGUGGCCGUGAUAUAAGAACUCGCUGGUUGGUUAGCGGGCUAGUUCGUAUCUCGCACUCGGAGGAGGAGGGAAGAAAACAAAUCCCAGCAGCCGUGAGACGAUGGACGAUUCAAUGGUUUCAAUGGAUGCAAUGGAGUUUCACAACAUACAAGAUGAGAGUCAAGUUCAGCGAAUUACUCGCGAAUUGCAUGAUUGUGUGACGGAGCUCAGCAGAGAGUACAGAGAGUGUGCAGACCCUGUGACAGACGAUAAUGCCAGCCUGAACAAGUUGUGCACAAAACUCGAGUACAUGUUACAGUUUGGUCAAAAGGAGAAACGGACCCUGAUGGGCAUUCGAAGGGAGUAUUGGGACUACUUUAACGACUGUCUUGCCAAACAGAAAGGAGCUAAUGAUGGAAUCCGUUUCGUCAAGUCGAUCCCUGAGCUGAAGACUGCGAUCGGAAAAGGAAGGGCAUUUAUUCGGUACUCGCUCGUUCACCAGAGGCUUGCAGACACUCUUCAGCAGUGCUUCACGAACAAACCAGUUACCAGUGACUGGUACAGCUCAAAGAGCCCUCUGGUCAAGAAAGAGUUGGUGACGGAGAUGAUUAGCCACUUGUACGAGUUAAACCAGCUCCCUUUCGACCUCGCACCCAGAGGAUACGACCUCGAUGCAGAAUGGCCAUCAUACGCACGGAGGACACUUGGAGCUUCAGCAUCACCAGCUCAGCUCUGGAAGGCUCCAAGUCGUAGCUCCAGCAUUAACAGCCUAGCCAGCAGCUUUUCACCAAUGCACAUGGAGGCCUAUGCCAAGCACGACUCUGCUUUCAUGCAGCCACUGGACAUGCCCGGAAAGCUGGACGCUGCCGCUCACGGCCACCCCUACCUCGAUCAUCCCGUGCUCCAGCUGCACCACAACGCGGAGCAGCAGGCUCUGGAGGAGCAGGUGGAGAGCUUGCAGAUCCACCUGGACCAGGCCGAGUUGCGGCUGAGGCGGGAGCAGGAUCGCUCCGACGCCCUGGAGGGCGAACGGCGGGACGUGCAGGCGACGGCGCUGCUCACCGAGCGCUCCUUGCUGCAGGCGGUGGACGACGCGCGCAGGGACAAGCAGGGGCUGUUGCAGGAGAACGGGGCACUCCAGCUGAGGUUGUGCGAUCUGCAAAAGAUGCUCGAUGAGAGCAAGCGUGAUGUCGUCAUGCUCGAGGGGAAAGUGUCGAGCUUGGAAAAAGGUGUUGCGGCGUGUGAGCCGCGUGCCGAUCGCGCUCGGAUGGAGGCCGCUUUCCUGCAGGGCGGUGCUCCGAUUCACCCCGGCGUUGCGGCGCGCGAUCGCGAAGGUGAAGACAAUGUCGGGGAACCUACCUUGACAGCAGAGGACAAACGUCAGGGUGAAGUGUUGGAGGGUAAUCAAAGCGACUUUGACCCGAUGGCUCGGAGUGAAAUUGCCAAGCUGCGCUGCCAGCUUGAACUGUCAGAGCAGCAACUGCAAUGGAGGCAAGCUGACGUCACUCGGCUGACGACAGAGGUCGGUGAGUUGCGCUCCCGGCUUGGUGUUUCCAAGGAGGAGGUUCAGAAACUCAAGAGGAGUGCGACCGAACAAGCUAUUUCCAGCAAAAUGCAUAGGCAGGAGUUGGAGAGCCUGAAAGUGGAUCUGGUGAAUGUAAAUAGAGUUCAUGUUGAGCAACUCCUGCAGAUGAAGGAAGAGCUUGGUGACCUCGAGAAAGAGAGGGGGUUUUUGCUGAAGAAAAAAUCCGAUUACGAGUUAAAGCUGUUGUCAAAUGAGGAGGAAAAUCUUCAGCUCUCUCAUUGUUUGGAAGAGUAUGAAAGGAAGAAUUUGGAGUUGGAAGAGCGCUUGUAUAAAGUUCACGAAGAGGCUGACGAGCUUCGUUCCCAAAUCUCUGAACUGGCGUCUGAAAAGGACCUAUUGGUGGAAAAAAUCGAUUCGACGAUUUCCGAAUUUACAAUGAGCGUGCAGCAACAUGAGCAAGAAUCGGAAGAGUUUAAGCUGGAACUGGAGAGACUAACCGAGGAAAACACAGCAUUGAUAGAGCACGUGCAGAGCCUGCAGUGUCUGAAGGAAGCAAACGACGACCUGCAAACUCACCUGGAGAAGACCAAGGAGAAAAUCCACAUGAUGGAGGAAUCCCAACGUCAAGAGCUGUCAUCCAUGAAGUUUAAAAUGAGUUUGGAAAUCAUCGAUUUCCAGACUCGAUUAAAGAGACACACAGAAGAGAAUGAUAAAUUAAAAAGUGGCAACAGCAAUAAGGAUACGAUCAUUUCCAAUUUAAAUGCCAAGGUGAAGACACUAAAGGCUGAUUACCAGCGGCUACAGGACCUGUCGAUAGCUCAGGAAGAGAAUUUCAACCAGCAGCUGCGGGAGCGGGUUAAGAAAGAAGAGGAAGGAAUCGGCCUGAGGAAGGCACUGGACAGGUGUAAGGAAACACUUGAAUCUGAACAAAAGGAUCAUAAGAAUCUCAUGAAGGAGCUGGCCAUUGUGAAGAGCAGAGCGGAGGAGGAAGAGAAGAACCUCCUUUCAGAGAUUCACGAGCUCAAGGAGACGAUGGCAAACAUGUCAGACCGACUCAUAGAACUGCUCAAAGACAAGGACGUGCUGUGGCAGAAGAGCGACAUGUUGGAGUUUGAGCAGCGGCUGCGUGCAGAGGAGCGCUUUGAGAAGGAUGUUGGAGCGCAGCACUGCCUCGACUGCAAGAACGAGUUCUCCUGGAUGCUGCGCCGCCACCACUGCCGGCUGUGCAGCCGCUCCUUCUGCUACUACUGCUGCAACAACUGGGCAUCGCUGAGAACGGGCGAGAAGAAGGAGCGCGUGUGUCGCUCGUGCUUCGCGUGCCACGGCCCGUCGGCCGUCGGGGGGACGCCCAGUCCCUCCGAGUCGCCCUCGACGGCGUCCAACCCACUGAUCUCGCCGGCCGGUGAACGACCUGCACCUGAUGAUUUAAAUUUUGACAUCAUCACCGAGGAGGAGGUUGGUGAAAGCAGCCAACUGACAUCACCAUCUGAGAAUGAGGAAGCGGAAAAAGAUGUCUCAAUAGAUCGCGCAGCGGAAGAGUCCCCGCCUGCCCCCUUGGCCUUGGAACCAGAGGUUCUGCUUCUCAAGAACAGCGACCCUUCGUUUCAUGUGCCCCUGAGUCCCGAGGAUGUGCGUUGCUUCGGCGAGUUCCGGCGCGAGCUGCACGUCAAAGCGGGGGCCUACGCGGUCAUCACGAUGAACGUGACCGAGAGCGGCCUCAGCCUGGCCUGGGAGUUCUCUUCCGAGAGCCGCAAUGUGUCUUUCAGCGUGGUGUGGCGUGACGGGCCCGAGCAGCCCGUGGAGAGUUCCGUGGUGCUGAUUCCGCUGACGCGCUGCAAUUCGCACCUGCAGCUGGUUCAAGGCCAGCUGAAGGCGAGGAGGCCUGGCCUUUAUCUGCUGAUAUUCGACAACAGCUUUUCACGAUUUUACGGGAAGAAGGUGUCAUACCACUUGACGGUCAGCAAAACGCUCAUGUACGAUGGCACUGACGAGACGGAGCCCUGAUGAGCGCCAUCGGCCGAAGAAGAGACCACCUGCUUAAGUAUUCAACAUCCACGCACCGCAUGUUUCCCCGUGCUCGCGACGAACCAGGUUGUUUUAAACGAUCUCUUUAUCUUCCUCUUGCCAUAUGUUUGCGUUCGCAUUGGGGCUUGGCCCAUGGUUUAAUUUUAACAUGUUGUUGUCACAAACGCAGUCGUAUGUGCAAUUACAAUUUUAACAUCUUUUUCCCACCUUGACUUGUGGCUUCCUGCAAUUGCAUUCACUGGAUUCGUUCGGUUAGCGCAGGGGUCGGCAACCAGCGGCUCCAGAGCCGCGUGCGGCUCUUUGAGGAUUUCUUCUUUGCGUUAGUUGCAUGCAUUGUGGUUCUUGAAAUAAUUAGGUCUUUUUUUCCCGAAUUCGAAAAAAAAGUCCCUUGUUAUUUUGUUUGUCGACCCCUGAGGUAGCAUUUUAGGCAUUUCUGUAUGUCAACGCCCGUGUAGAAAUGGGAGAAUCGGCUUAUGGGAUAAUUAUUUUAAGCGCAUAUGGGCGACCUUCAUGCUGUUGCUCUUCAAUAUACCAGAGUCUCCGCAAUAACAGGGGAUACGUAUUUUUCCAUACUGUCAUUUUAUCCAUUUCGUGUGACCCUUGGAGAAUGAAACCUACAUCAUCUAAAAAUGACAGGCAUUUUACUCUGUGGUAAAGAACUGGAAAGUCAGCUGGUGUUAUCACAUCCAACAAUAGGACAGCCACGUGUAAAAUGAAGGAAAAUACACUUUUAAAAGUUUGUGUGGUGUUAACAAUCCUGUAUAUGUAAAACAUUUCUCGAUACAAUGCACAUUUCAAAUAAAAGCGUGGAUAUUCAACAGCUUGGACGCUUUUACAGCUGGUCCCACUGUUAAUUAACAUUUGUCCAUUGAUCAGCACUAGCAAAGCACUUGCCACAUGAUUCAAACGAGGGAGGUUCAAUCUGCGUGCAAACUAUGCACAUCUGUAUCGCAUAUGACUAAGUGUGCUAGUGUAGUGGUUAGCCUGCCACGAACCCAGCAACCCGAGUUCGAUUCCUACUCAUGGCCAACACCAAUGACGAGUAUCUGACUGGUCCCUGGCCUCCCCUAGGUCCACUCAGCCUUAAAUGAGUUCCUGGUGCGAUGUGCAAACAUUGCCACUGGGAAGACAAAGGCAGCUGGGCGUGGUGCUGGCCACCCCACCCCCUUCGUGUGCCGUGCCGGCCUUCAUAGGUGCUCACUAACAGCACUUGCCCCUACAGUCUGUUCAGGCUACCGGGGGAUGUUCGUCUUUGUUUUUGUACUCUCAUGGCAACAUUGUGAAACUACUUGUGUGUCCAUCACUACGUUAAUGUUAAGAAAUGCUGCAUCAGUUUUUAAACUAAAUAUAUCCUUUGUGUGUAAAACAAAUAUAAUAAUAAUACGUAGCUUAAAGCUGUUAAUCGUCUGGACUUUAUGCUGCAUGUUUUAUGAACUGAUGUUUUGUCGUCGUUGGAUGAUGUGCAUUGUGUCAAUGAGAGACGAGGUUCACGUGGCAAAUCGGAUGUGGCCCAAUGGACAGCCAGUUUACACAACUGCUUGCAGAGAUGGCAUUUGCUGGUGGGGCAUGGUACUUGGCCAGGUCAAGGAGCGUACACAUUUGCUGCGAUCGUUCUCACUGUUAGAUAAGGCUCAUCAGUCCUCGGCUCCGAGUCAAACUCGGUCGUUGUACAUUGUGCAUGUGGUUGAAGAUACGAAACGUAGGCGUGGGGAGCCACUUGCUUUUCAACGUAUGAAAACAAAAUUCAAUCGGUACAAUACUCUUACGAAGAGAAAUAUGAGUAAACAACAAAGUACAUACGUGCGUUUGUAAAUGUGCAAACGGAAUAUGUAUUGUAUAUAAUUUAUAUCUUAGUAUAUCUGGUAUUUUAGAUACAGGCACGUGAUAUACUUUUCUACGUGUGGAACUUUAUGCGAGUCAUUUGCAAUCAUUUGUGAAUUUUACAUAGAUACUUUUUAAAAGUACCGUUUCUUGCACUUGUUUAUGGGAUUAUACUACCUGCAUGAUGGUCUGUUGGUGAAAUAUGUCUUUGUUGAUCGUGUUAUUUUUCUGUCACAUAACACGUGUGCAAUGACUUUUUUUGGCCCGUUUUACUUCAGUUUGUGUGCUGCUUCGAAAUAAAGUCUAUCCAGGA